ACCAUCUACUUCAAUUGCAUGUGUGCACAAUGUUCCUGCUGAAGUUUCUAGUCGGCAUCGUUGGAGUGUUUUACUCUUGUUCAGACCAUGAUUAUCUUCAUGUACGCUCUCCUGGAGACAUCAUGAUUGGGGGGCUUUUCCCCAUUCACUUGGAAACCACGAGAAAUGCCACAAAUCCAAAAGAAGUCUCCUGUACUGAGCCUGAUUUACAAAUGUUCCUGCGCACUCAAGUGAUGAUAUAUGCCAUCCAGAAAAUAAACCAGAACACACCCAGAGUGCUGCCCAACAUCACCCUGGGAUAUGACAUCUAUGAUACUUGUGCAGAUGUCAGCCUUGCCAUCAGAGCCACUCUGGAGAUGCUGAAGAGCCAUUCAGAUCCUCAGAACUGUCCUCUACCUUCAAACAUCCUUUUACCCUUACCUGAACCCCAAACAAAAGUUGUGAUUGGUGAAAGAUACUCUGAAGUGUCUACAGCUGUUGCACGGCUUACUACUCUAUCAUCACUUACCCAGAUUAGUUAUUCAUCCACCAGUGAAUUGCUCAGCAAGAAGUUCAAGUUCCCCACUUUUUUGCGAACGGUUCCAAGUGACGCUUUUCAAACAGAAGGCAUCUCUGAGCUUGUGAAUGAGUUUAACUGGAAAACAGUGGCCAUUGUGGGAAGUGAUGAUGAGUAUGGGAAGUAUGGCAGUGAUCGCCUUGAAGAAACUUUUAUUAAAAGGAACGUCUGUGUUGAAUUUGUGGAGAUUCUGCCUGGUAACUUCACCCAAAAUGAUUCACGUAGCCAACAAAAACUGUCAAAUCUGAUAGAGACUUUGAAUAACUCCGUAGCUGAAGCCAUUAUCAUGUUCACCAAGGACACUAAUGUUAAAAUCAUCAUGGAAGCCGCUAUUAAAUACAACCUCAACAGAACCUGGAUUGCGAGCGAAACAUGGUCCACCUCCCCAAGAAUCUCUACGAUGCCUGGCAUUGAGCUUGCAGGGCAAGUUUUUGGGUUCAUCUUUAAGAGGAACGAGGUGCCUGGUUUUAAAGAAUAUGUCAGGUCAAUGUUCAACGGAACUACAAACAGCAUCAUCGAGCGUCUCAAGAAUCUCUAUCUUUGCUCAAACCAGUCCACGCAGGAUGUAGGAAUAAAUUGCUCCAAAAAGUGUUCAGACCCAGGCUGCUUGGCCUCCUACGUCGACCAGGAUAAAUCUUAUAGCGUCUACUUGGCUGUUCAGGUUGUUGCCGAGGGUCUGAGAGCCUUGCUAAAAUGUGAUGACCUACGAUGUGAACGUGACACCAAUUUUACAACCUUUGAGCUCCUGAAGGAAAUACAGAAAGUCAACAUUACCUUGAACAACACACAUUUAUAUUUUACUGAUGGAGACCCUAGUUUGGGAUAUGAUAUUGUGCAAUGGAAAAAAUCCACAAAAGGCACACAGAUAAAAGGCACACAGAUAAAAAUCAUUGGGGAAUACUGGCCAAACAAAACUAUCACACUACCAGAGGAUCUCAGGCAGAGGAUGAAAGAUAUAAAGGUGACGCCUUAUUAUUGCUCGAAAACCUGCGAACCAGGAUACAUGUUGAAACUCCAACGGAAAAAAUGCUGCUUUGAUUGUGUUCCAUGUGCGGAAGGAGAGUUUUCCGAGGGAAAUGGUGAUCCAUGUGAACAGUGUCAGGACAUGGAGCAUUCCGUGGAUGGAAACAGGUCUAAGUGUUUGCCAGACACUGAGGAAUUCCUCAAAUGGACAGAUCCCUUCGCCAUAAUUCUGAACUGCUUGGCAGGCAUUGCAAUCAUUGCUACCCUUUUAUUUACUGUUCUCUUCACAAUCAACCGCAGAACCCCCAUCGUGAAGGCAGUAGGAGGUUAUUUGUGUUUCCUGGAGCUCUUUUCCCUGCUUUUCAGCUUCUGUCUUACAUUUACCUUCAUGGGAAAACCCACUGGUAAAUCCUCCUGUGCUGGCAUCCCUCUCUUUGGAGCAGCAUUCUCUCUUUGCGUCUCCUGCAUUCUGGCCAACUUGCUUCAGAUCUUGGUGGGCUUUAACUUUGACCUGAAGGCUGGUUCCUGGAUUAAGAAGCUCAAUCAACCAGUAGCUGUUGUGAUCAUCAUGUCUGGGAUCCAGUUGGCUCUAACAGUGUCGUGGCUGAUAUUACAACCACCGACUUCUGGACAUGAGAGAGACACAGACCAAGACAUUGUCCUGUACCUGUGUAAGACAGAGUCUGAUGCGUUUUUAAUAGCGAUGAUAGCCUACAAUGCUUUCCUGGGCAUCAUCUGUUUCCUGUUUGCAUUCAAAGGGACACAGUUGCCAGAUUUGUACAAAAAUGCAUCAUUAAUCAGUGUCAGUAUGGUGCUGUUCUUGAUCAUAUGGAUUGUCUUUCUCCCAAUUUUUAUCACUUUGAAGGGGAAGUACAAGGCUGCUACAAGCAGUGCAGCCAUUCUCAUUUCUAGCGCCAGCAUCCUCUGCUGUCACUUGGCCCCCAAGUGUUACAUCAUGUUGUUUAGAAAAGAGCUUAAUAAUGAGAGGGCCAUAACUGAAUACAUCAGGAAGCAUUAUGAGCAGAAGGGAGUGUCUGUGGUGCAGUCAUGAUUUCAAGGGUUAGGUCAAUAACUAUUUGGAAAGUGAUGUCCUCCUUCAUUUUCAACAUUAUGUAAUAAUAAGUAAAAGUUGCAUGUUUUUAGCAGAAUCCAACCAUUUCCUAAAAGGUAAUUUCCUAAAAACAGAUAUAAAGACACACUCACACACACAUAUGUAUAUUUUAUAUAUAUAUAUAUUAAAUAUAUAUGUGUGUGUGUGAGUGGAGAAUCAGGGAGGAUGCCUGCAACUCAGAUCAGGAAUAACAGAGAACCAAUUUUUUCUUAUCUAAAGCAGGGAUGUCCACUUCUGGUCCAUGAGGAGCCCCAGUUCUGCAGGUUUUAUAUGUUUCCCUGCUCCAACACACCUGACUCACAUGGGUCAUUGUGCAUAGCUUGACAAUAAGCUGUUGUUUUGUGUGUAAAUCGUGAUUACAGUUGUAUGUUAAAUUAGGUUUUAUUUUCCUUUCUACAUUUUUUUAUCCUAGACUAAACCUUUUAAAUGCCUUUUUGUCGGAUGCUUCAGAUGCAGUUGACUGAAGAGAAUAUAUAGUUGGUGUGUUUUUGGAUUUGCAGAAGGCGUUCGAUACAGAUCAUAAUUUACUUCUUGAUAAAUGACAUGGGUAUGGAAUCAGAGGAGUUGCAUGUGAAUGAUCACAGAGGUAUUUAGCAAACCGAUAUCAAUUUGUACAUGUAAAUAAUACGGAUUCUGAGUUAUACAGGUAUCAUGUGGGGUCCCACAGGGCUCUGUACUAGGCCCUUUAUUGUUUAUAUUGUUUAUUAAUGAUUUGUGUCGUGUUUCCUGUUGUUAAAGUGCAUUUUAUUGGCAGAUGAUACAACUUUCUUUUGCAACUUAAAACAGCUUCUGGAUACAGUGGAAUAUGAAUUUGAGUUCCUUUGCCCGGGAACUUGAAUGGUUGUCAACAAGCUAUCUAUUCACUUUAGAAAAACAAAAUGUAUUAUAUUUGCAAAACGUACAUCAAAUAGUUACAAAAUAAUUAAAAUAAAUAAUCAUGAAAUGUACAGAGUUACAGAAAUUAAGUUUUUAGGAGUCAUUGUAGAUCAUAAUCUAAACUGGAAAUCAUAUAUAAAUGAUGUCAAAACCAAGAUGUCAACAUCUAGUGUAAUACUGUGCAAAGUAAAGGACUAUCUGUCAGAAAUCACUUUUUAUUUUAUAUAAGACAUUGAACAAGUUUUCAAGUUCAAGUUUCAAGUUUAUUAGUCAUAUACAGCAACAAUGAAACAUCACUACCGGCAAUGAAAUUCUUGGACUCAGAGCCCCCUCAAACAGCAAGAUUGUGAACCAACAAAUCCACUAUUUAUUAAAUUACAUGUACUGAAAUUUAGAGAUCUAGUAGAUUACAGUACAAUUCAAAUUAUGUAUAAAGUUAAUAAUAACCAGUUGCCAUUCUGUAUCCAGAGGCUGUUUAAAAAGAGGGAGAAAUGUUCUGAACUUAGAGGAAAUUAAAUAUUUAGCAAACCAGACGUACGGACAAAUAUUAAGAUUUAUUGUAUUUCUGUGUCAAACUUAACUGAUUACUUAAAAAUUAGUUCUACUUUGAAUUUUUUUUUAAAAAGUACAUAAAUGAUAUAAUAAAGCAUCAUGAAAAUGAAAUGCUAAAAAUCUUGUGGGAAAUAUUUUUAUAAGUUGCUGUUACUAUCAAUGGUGGUGAUGAUGUAAAUCUUUCUAUAGUGCUAAUCUUUUUGGUAAUUUGAUAACAUUGUUUUGGUAUGAGUAGGCGUUUCAUAAGCUACUAGCUUCUGCUUACACCCUUUCAUUUUUUUCAUCUUUUCUGUAAUUUUUAAAAAAUGUUUUUACUUUUAAAAAAAUAAAACAAUGUCACCUAUACAAUCACAUGAAAUCAAGU